AUGAAGAAUAGUGGAAUAACAUUUAAAAAUUUAGUUUUACAUAUGAAAUGUGUUAGACACUUUUCAGAACAAUCUUCUUUUUUAAUUCCUUGGACAAAAUCACCAACCGAAAAAAAUAGAGAAUUGUUUUUAAAUUUUAUGAGUAAAAAUAGUAGUGUAGCAGUUUUAACUGGUGCUGGAGUUUCUACAGAAAGUGGUAUACCUGAUUAUCGGUCAGAAACUGGACUUUAUAAAAGGACAAAAUAUAGGCCCAUUGAUUAUUCUACAUUUUUAAAAAAUAAAGCGGCUCGAAUAAGGUAUUGGGCUAGAAAUUACGUAGGAUGGCCUGAAUUUUCUAGUAAGGAACCUAAUGGAACGCAUUUUGCUUUGCAAUUGUAUGAAGCUGCUGGAAAAGUUAGUGGAAUUAUUACCCAAAAUGUUGAUGGUUUACAUCACAAAGCUAGUGGACAUAAUAUUAUUGAACUUCAUGGAAAUGCAUAUUGGGUCAAGUGUCUGAGUUGUAAAAAUUUGAUAUUUAGGCAUGAUUUUCAAAAAAUUCUCGAUGCUUUAAAUCCUUCAGUUCAAGAAACUGGAAAAAUUUUUGUUAGACCUGAUGGAGAUGUCGAGAUUGAUGAGAGUGUUUAUGAAAACUUUAAAAUUCCAGAUUGUGAAAAAUGUGGAGGUAUUUUAAAACCAACAAUUGUGUUUUUCGGAGAUAAUGUACCUAAAGUGACUGUAAAAAAAGCAGAAAAUUUAAUUGAGAGCUCUGAUGCUCUUUUAGUCAUGGGUACAACAUUAUCUACAUUGUCUAGUCUUAGAAUUGUGACUCAAGCUUUUGAUUUGUGCAAAUACAUUUGUAUUGUUAAUUUGGGGGAGACAAGGGGUGAUAAAAUGGCCGAUAUAGUUAUAAAUGCUAAAUGUAGUGAAAUUUUACCAAAUUAUAAUAGAGAAUUACAUGCAUAUCGUUCUUAA